UCUGCUCCUAGAGGCCCAGCCUCUGUGGCCUCGUUACCUGCAGGUAUUGGGAGAUCCACAGCUAAGACGCCAGGACCCACUGGAAGCCUAGAAAUGGGACCAUUGACAUUUAUGGAUGUGGCCAUAGAAUUCUCUUUGGAGGAGUGGCAAUGCCUGGACACUGCACAGCAGAAUUUAUAGCAUGUGAUGUUAGAGAACUACAGAAACCUGGUUUUCUUGGGUAUUGCUGUCUCUAAGCCAGACCUGAUUACCUGUCUGGAGCAAGGAAAAGAGCCCUGGAAUAUGAAGAGACAUGAGAUGGUAGCUAAACAUUUAGUUAUGUUUUAUUAUUUUGCCCAACACCUUUGACCAGAGCAGAACAUGAGUUCUUUCCAGAAAGUGACCCUAAGAAGAUAUAGAAAAUGUGGAUAUGAGAAUUUACAGUUAAGAAAAGGCUGUAAAAGUGUGGUUGAGUGUAAACAGCACAAAGGAGAUUAUAGUGGACUUAACCAAUGUUUGAAAACUACCUUGAGCAAAAUAUUUCAGUGUAAUAAAUAUGUAGAAGUUUUCCAUAAAAUUUCAAAUUCAAAUAGACACAAGAUGAGACAUACUGAAAAUAAACAUUUUAAAUGUCAACAAUGUGGCAAAACAUUUUGCAUGCUUUCACACCUAACUCAACAUAAAAGAAUCCAAACUAGAGUGAAUUUCUACAAAUGUGAAGCAUGUGUAAGAGCCUUUAACUGGUCCUCAACCCUUAAUAAACAUAAGAGAAUUCAUACCGGAGAAAAACCUUACAAAUGUAAAGAAUGUGGCAAAGCCUUUAACCAGACCUCACACCUUAUUAGACAUAAGAGAAUUCAUACUGAAGAGAAACCGUACAAAUGUGAAGAAUGUGGCAAAGCCUUUAACCAGUCAUCGACCCUUACUACACAUAAUAUAAUUCAUACUGGGGAAAUUCCCUACAAAUGUGAGAAAUGUGUUAGAGCUUUUAACCAAUCCUCAAAGCUUACUGAACAUAAGUUAAUUCAUACUGGAGAGAAACGUUAUGAAUGUGAAGAAUGCGGCAAAGCUUUUAACCAAUCCUCAAAACUUACUGAACAUAAGUACAUUCAUACUGGAGAGAAGCCGUACAAAUGUGAAGAAUGUGGUAAAGCCUUUAACCAGUCCUCAAUCCUUACUACACAUAAGAGAAUUCAUAGUGGAGAGAAGCCCUACAAAUGUGAAGAAUGUGGCAAAGCUUUUAAACAAUCUUCAAAUCUUACUGACCAUAAAAAAAUUCAUACCGGAGAGAAACCCUACAAAUGUGAGGAAUGUGGCAAAGCUUUUAACCAACUCUCAAACCUUACUAGACAUAAGCUAAUUCAUACUGGAGAGAAACCCUACAAAUGUGGAGAAUGUGGCAAAGCCUUUAACCAGUCUUCAGCCCUUAAUACACGUAAGAUAAUCCGUACUGGAGAGAAUCCCCACAAAUGUAGAGAAUCUGGCAAAGUUUUCCACCUAUCCUCAAAACUUAGUACACAUAAGAAAAUUCAUACUGGAGAGAAACUCUACAAAGGUGAAGAAUGUGGCAAAGCCUUUAACCGAUCUUCAACCCUUAUUGGACAUAAGAGAAUUCACACUGGAGAGAAACCCUACAAAUGCGAAGAAUGUGGCAAAGCUUUUAACCUAUCCUCCAACCUUACUGCACAUAAAAAAAUUCAUCUUGGAGAGAAACCCUACAAAUGUGAAGAAUGUGGCAAAGCUUUUAACCGAUCUUCAACACUUACUACACAUAAGAUAAUUCAUACUGAAGAGAAACAGUACAAAUGUGAUGAAUGUGGCAAAGCUUUUACCCGAUCCUCGAAACUCAUUGAACACAAGAAAAUUCAUACUGGAGAGAAACCUUACAAGUGUGAAGAAUGUGCCAAAACUUCUAACCAUUUCUCAACCUUUACUAAACAUAAGAUGAUUCAUACUGGAGAGAAGUUACACAAAUGUGAUGAAUGUGACAAAGCUUUUAACCAAUCUUCAACCCUUUCUACACAUAAGAUAAUUCAUACUGGAGAGAAACCCUACAAAUGUGAAGAAUGUGGCAAAGCUUUUAAUUGAUCAUCAAACCUUACUGAAUAUAAGAAAAUUCAUACUGGAGAAGAAUCCUACAAAUGUGAAGAAUGUGGCAAAGCUUUUAACCAAUCUUCAAACCUUAUUAAACAUAAGAAAAUUCAUACUGGAGAGAAACCCUACAAAUGUGAAGAAUGUGGAAAAGCUUUUAACUAGUUCUCAACUCUUACUACACAUAAAAUAAUUCAUACUGGAGAGAAACCAUAUAAAUGUGAAGAAUGUGGCAAAGCUUUCAACCUAUACAUAAACCUUACUACACAUAAGAAAAUUCAUACUGGAGAGAAACCCUACAAGUGUGAAGAAUGUGGCAAAGCUUUUAACCAAGUGUCAACUCUUACUAUACAUAAAAGAAUUCAUACUGGAGAGAAACCUUACAAAUGUGAGGAAUGUGGCAAAACUUUCAAUCGAUCCUCAAAACUUACUACACAUAAGAAAAUUCAUACAGGAGAGAAACCUUACAAAUGUGAAAAAUGUGCUAAAGCUUUUAACCAGUCUUCAACCCUUUCUACAUGUAAGAUAAUUCACACUGGAGAGAAAUGCUACAAAUGUGAAGAAUGUGGCAGUUUUUAACCGAUCUUCAAACCUUACAGACCAUAAAAAAUUUCAUACAGGAGAGAAAUCCUACAAAUGGGAAGAAUGUGGCAAGGCCUUUAACUGGUCCUCAACGCUUACU